AUGGAAUUUGAAAAUGCGCUAACAUUUCAACAAGAAACCGCUCUUCAAAUGUUGCUCAGAUUAGGUGCCGAUGAAUUUUUUCUAACUACUAAAUUGGCGAGUUUGAAUAAUGUGGUUCGGUUGAAAAUUGGACGGAUUUAUGAGAUUGAUGGAGAGGAAAUGAGCGGGAAAAGUCAGGUAAUUUUUGAACAUUUUGAGACUGAAAAAAUUCUGCUCAUAAUUAAAAAUUUCCCUAAUUUUUAUUUUGAUCCACUCCUUCCCCCUUUGUUUUUUAUUGAUGAAAUUUUCAAUAACUCACCGAAAAUUGCAGAUUUCCAGUCAUUUCAAGAAAGUUGAAAACGAGAAAUGAAAUUUUAAAAAUAAAAUUAUCACGUUGAAAAAAAUGAUUUUUAAAGUGUAGAUUGGGUCAAACUAGACUCUAGCCUAGAAGAUUUGCCACGUGAACCUUUUCCAACGCUGAAAUAAUUCGAAAAAAUCAUUUCUCGUUUCAAAUUCUCUCGAAAAAAAAAACUGUGUUUUUCGCAGAUCUGCUAUUCAAUCGCAGCCAAAUUUCUCGCCACCAAAAAAUCGUCAAAAAUCGCCUGGAUUUCUGCAAUUCCACUUCGAACUGAUUUAUUGAUUAAACAUUUAGAUAUGCAGGUACAGUAUCUCUCAAUUUUUCGCCGUGAAAUUAAUUUUUCAGUCCGAAAACCUGGAUCGUAUAAUCUGCAAUUACCCGGAAAAUAUUGGCAAAUUAGUGGGACAACUUGAGUGGAUUCGAAAAUUUCGCGAGAUUUUGAAAAUUCAAUUGAUUUUUGUGGAAAACAUUGAUGCACUUUUACAUGAUACAACUUAUGAAGGAUGGGAUUUGGGUAUGAGUUUGUUUGUUUUUUUUUUUUGACUGGGAUUGACAUCAAUAUUAGCCCUGAAGUACUGUAUUUAUUGCCGCCAAAAUGUUCUGUGAAAAAUUAGAUUUUCAGGUCGAAGUCAUCAAUUUGAAAUUGUGGAUCGAUUAAAUAAAAUAGCAAAACUCGGAGUUACUGUAGUCAUUACAAAUCAUGUUGUGAGUAUAUUUUGCUCCAAAAUUUCGAAAUAUAAAUAUUUUUUGCAGUCGAAAUGGCGUGGUUAUCCAUCUCCAGCAUUGGGCAAUUUUUGGGCUUCUCAAAUCAAUAAUCGAUUUUUUAUCGAGAAAAAUGAACAUGUUUAUACAAUAUCAACUAUCGUAAGAGAGUUAAUUAAUUGAAAUUCGAAUUAAUUAAUUUUUUUGCAGAGAAAUGGUGAAUCUCAAGCUGUUAGAGCCUCGUUUGAAAUUGGAGAUAGAGGAAUUUCAGAUCUCAUUCUAAGCUGA